CGCAUCUGCAUCAGUCGUGCUCGCGCGACGCUGCCUCGGCCUGCUCGCCACCACUACCCUUCCCUCCGCUAAUUGAUCCCGCACUUCCUUCCUUACUAUUCGCUUUCUACGACUUCUUCCUCUAAUAAUAUCAAGACUGGGCAGAGCAUAGACAAUGACGGACACCAUCGUCGUGCCGGAUCGGCUGCCGGUGCUGCCACUGCCGUACCCGCUCGUGCUCCACCCCUCGCUCCUGCUCUCGAUUCCCCUCAGCUACGCCCACUCGCUCAGCCUGCUCAAGGCCGCACUGCAGCUCACGCACUCCGACCGCAGUAGUAGCGGCAGCAACAGUGGGGCUGGCAACGGCGGCAAGACGGUCGAUGCGCACAAGCCCAUCAUCGUUGCAUGCGUCCCCACACUCCGCGCCCCUUCGUCGCCAUCGCCCAACCAGGGAGCACGCGACGUGGCACGACGGAAGCACAUCACCGUGCACAACGAGAGCGAGGGUGACGACAACGACAGGGACGGGGCCAAGGUGCGCAAGGAGGAGGAGGACCUCCGGGUCCGGAUCAACGACCUGUUCGACUGGGGCUGCGCCGCCCGCCUCGUCCGGCUCACUCGCCAUCCGGCCAGCCAGACGUGCACCCUCGUCGUGACGGGCCUUACGCGAGUGCGCGUCGAUCGCUGGCUCAGCGUGCGUGCGCCGCUCACCAGCACGGCGCUCGACUCGGCGCGCAACUUGACGGUGCCCGAUGUGCCCGUGCCCCUGGCUGCCGUGACGCCGUUUGCUGAUGGUGCUGUCCGGCACAAUGCCGAUGAUGUGGCCCAGCUGCGACGUGCUGCCCAGGACGUCAUCGAGGCGCUUGCCCUGUCGUCUCCAUCCACAUCUGCUGCGGCUGUGAACAAGACUCAACAGCAGCCGCCGCCUGCCGCGGACCCGACGGCAUCGACGCUGGCACUGCCGCUGCUGCCUGCUGCGCUUCUCAAGCGCCUGCGCACCUUUGUCGCCGAUGCCAGCGAUGGCCAGGCAGGCCUCCUCGCCGAUGUCCUCGUCGGCACCCUGGGUGGUUCGUGCGAGUGGGGCGACCGUGUCGCUGUGCUCGGCGACUGGGACGCCAAGGAGCGGGUGCGCAACGCGGCAAAGGUGCUGUCCAACGGUGCAGCGCGCGUGCGACAGGCGCGCGAGCUGCUCACGAGCCUCUCGGCGCCCCUCAACAACGCCAGCAAAGAGUCGCUCGCUCGCAACCAGCUCGAGGCCCUGCUUGCCCAGCUGGCUGCGCUGAACCCCAACAUCUCGGCGCGCAUCUCGACGGGCAACACGUCCUUUUCGAUUGGCACGGCCAAAGGCAGCGGCGGCAACAAUGACGGUGGCAACGGCAACAAUGUCAAUGGCAUCAUCACCAUCCGCAGUCCCAACAACGUCCGCAACGACGAUGCGUCCAACAACCCCAACGGCCCCCGUCCCCUGAGCGCACCUCGGCGGAAUGGCAACAACCCCUUUGCGCCGCCGGGCUCGCGAGUUGGCGGUGGUGCUGGUGGUGGUGCCGGCAACAACGAGCAGGACGAGGAGCAAGACGAGGUGGCGGAGCUGUCGAGGAAGCUCCAGGCGGCCCAGCUGUCGGACGAGGCGCGCAAGGUGUGCGACCGCGAGCUCAAGCGGCUCCAGCGCAUCCCGGCCCAGAGCGUCGAGCGCGGCGUCGUCAUCACCUACCUCGAGACGAUGGCCGAGCUUCCCUGGGACAAGACGAGCGCAGACCUCGACGAGCUGGCAGCAGAGACGAGAGCAGUAGCGACGACAACAAAGGAUGUUGCCGUCGUCGAGAACGACGAUGAGGAGGGCAUCGUUGGUCGCGCCAGGCGCAUCCUCGACGAGGACCACUACGGCCUGGACAAGAUCAAGAAGCGGCUCGUCGAGUACCUUGCCGUGCUCGAGCUCAAGACGGAGCAGGCCAAGGAGCGCCUCGAGCACGAGGAACGCCAGGCGAAGGAGGCUGCCGGCCAGGCCAAGCGCAGCGCCGCGUCAGCCAACCAGCGGGGCAAAGUCGAAGCAGCCAAGAAGCAGCAGCAGCAGCAGAUCGACCUCGAGGGUGACUCGGCCAGUGAUGACAGCCAGAUUGGCCAUCUCGAAGAGCGGGGCCAGGACGAGGAGUCGGACAGCAACAAGCGCAAAGCGGCCGAGGAGCGGCGCAAGGGAAAGAAGCGCGCCGCCGUCGCAGACAAGGGACCCAUCCUCCUCCUCGUCGGCCCUCCAGGCACGGGAAAGACGUCGAUUGCCCGCUCCCUCGCCUCGGCCCUUCGGCGUCCAUUCACCCGGCUGUCCCUAGGUGGUGUGCGCGACGAGAGCGAGAUCCGGGGCCACCGACGGACCUACGUCGGCGCCAUGCCCGGCAGCAUCGCCUCGUCGCUCCGCAAGGUCGGCGUCAGCGACCCCGUCAUGCUCCUCGAUGAGGUCGACAAGCUGGGCAGCGGCAACGGCCUCCACGGCGACCCCAUGGCCGCCAUGCUCGAGGUGCUGGAUCCUGAGCAGAACUUCCAGUUCAUGGACCACUACGUCAACUGCCCCAUUGACCUCAGCCGCGUGCUCUUUAUUGCCACGGCCAACACCCUCGAGACGAUCAGCCCGCCGCUGCUCGACCGCACAGAGGUCAUCCACGUCUCGGGCUACACCCACGACGAAAAGGUGGCCAUUGCCAAGCAGUACCUGCUGCCCAAGCAGGCCAAGGCACAGGGCCUCAGGCCGAACGUCGACAUCAAGGUCGACGACGACGUGCUGCUCAAGAUUGCCAUGUCGUACACGCGCGAGGCCGGUGUCCGCUCCCUCGAGCGCGAGAUUGGCGCCGUCGCGCGCGGCAAGGCCGUCCAAUUCUCUGAGGCGCGCAAGGGCCAGCUCAAGGACAAGAAGACGGGCAGCAAGAUCGAGUACGACCCCAAUGUCCGGCUCGAGCACCUCGAGGACCUCCUGGGCGUUGAGACGUUUGAUCCCGAGGUCGCCGAGCGCGAGGCCAGACCGGGCGUCGCGACGGGCCUCGCCUACCAGGGAAGCGGUUCCGGUGGUAUUCUGCACAUCGAAAGCCUGCUCUUGCCACCGGGCAACAGCUCCCUCAAGCUGACGGGCAAACUCGGCGACGUGAUCCGCGAAUCGGCCGAGCUGUCGCUCUCGUGGGUCAAGGCCCACUCGUUCCAGCUCGGCAUCGUGUCGGAGCGCUCGAGCGAGUUCCCCAAGCACGACAUUCACCUGCACCUACCGGGUGGUGCCAUCCCUAAGGACGGACCCUCGGCGGGCAUGGCCAUGACGCUCGCGCUCGUGAGCCUUUUCACGCGCAUCCCCAUCGACACCAAACUCGCCAUGACGGGCGAAAUGACGCUGCGGGGCCAAGUCACGCCCGUGGGCGGCAUCAAGGAAAAGUGUCUGGGCGCCCACCGCGCCGGCAUCCGGCGCCUGAUCCUGCCGCUCCGCAACCGCAAGGAUGUCGAGGCGGAUUUACCCAAGCAGAUCCGCGACGAGCUCAACAUCUCGUACGUCCGCACCAUCUGGCAGGCCAUUGAGAUUGCAUUUGGACAGCGCGCGCUGCUUGAGAGCGCGCUCAAGGGCGGCACGGGCAACCUCGAGGGCAUCGAGGAGGGCAGACGGAUGAUGGAGCUCGAGGAGGCUAGACUGUGAUUUUUGUUUGUAGUAGAGAUGUGCAGGUUGUGUAUGUUGUGUUUUCUUUCUUUUCUGCAUUGGUAAAUGGAUCCAUCGCCC